AAGAAAGGCUAUUUGUAAACUUUGAGCGAAGGGCGUGCGAAGGGCGUGCAUUAAGCUCUUUUCAGAUAUCUUCUUAGAUUGAUAUUUCUCUCUUACAGGCGUGAGACACGCACUCAGAUGAAAUAAACCAUGCUGUCGAGGCAUGUCAGAAAAAUAGGAGCUCAAUUGAGCUCAUUUGCCCUCAAUAAUGGCGUACUUCAGCAGCAGUCUGCCUGCAGGUGCCUGUCCACACAACAGCCCUUGUACCUGCGCCGAUCUACUGGCCUGGGAAAGUUCAACGAACCGCUGUCUGGUAUGGAAAUGCCGCGGGCUGGGGGUAUUGCGACGAUGAUGCGACUACCAUAUCAAACGACCGCUGAAGGACUGGAUGCUUGUUUCGUUGGUAUUCCUCUGGAUAUUGGAACUUCCAAUAAAUCAGGAACUAGGUUUGGACCGAGACAAAUCCGCACAGAGUCGGUUCUCUUGAGAAAUAACAACUCUAUUGGCGCAGCACCAUUUGAGUCGCUUCAGGUCGCUGACAUUGGGGACGUGACCCUUAACCUCUACGACCUGAAGAAAUCUUGCGAGAUGAUUCGAGAGCAAUAUGCCACCAUUGUUGCAAAUGGAUGCAAGCCCCUGACUCUAGGAGGGGACCACACUCUUACAUACCCCAUCCUUCAAGCAAUUAAGGAUAAGUACGGCCCUGUAGGUCUGGUUCAUGUGGAUGCCCACGCAGACGUCAGCGACACAAUGCUUGGUGAAAAGAUAGCCCACGGUACUCCGUUCCGACGCGCCGUUGAGGAUGGGUGCUUGGACUGCAAGAGGGUGGUCCAGAUUGGUCUUAGAGGCACCCAGUAUAGUCCCAUCCCAGGAGUCAAAGGCUUUAAUGAAGAAAUGGGCUUCAGAAUUGUUCCUGCGGAAGAAUGUUGGCACAAGUCGAUGAACCCACUGAUGGAGGAAGUCAGGGCCAUGAUGGGAGAUGGACCGGUCUAUCUGUCCUUCGAUAUUGAUGGUAUAGACCCAGGACUAUGCCCUGGAACAGGUACUCCUGAGAUUGGUGGUCUGACAUCCAUCCAAGCUAUGGAGAUAAUCAGAGGAUGUCAAGGUCUUAACCUUGUAGGUGGUGACCUUGUUGAGGUUUCUCCUCCAUAUGACACCACCGGUAUAACAGCAUACACCGGAGCGCAUCUUUUGUUUGAGAUGCUUUGUGUUCUUCCUGGGGUCAAGUAUUACUAGUGCCACUUGCCAAAUUACCCAGGAGGUGGGUUAAAGUAAAUAUUCAUCAAAAAAUUACAACUAUGACCAGUAAUUUAUCAUGAGAUACCAAGGAGCUUGCAGAUGACAAUAGUGUAAGUUUUAGAUUAACUGUGUAUCGGAUAACAACUAAAAAAACCUCUCAGGAUGUGGGAUUUACGAGUGCUUCGCCAAAUUUUUUAGCAAUGUUUUAAUGAUGUCGCAUCAGUGACCGAUCAUGCGUAAUAUUAUGCUAAUUCGGUCCCUUGAGUGACGUUUCAAAUCUCGGAAGUGUCCAGUGAGCUCUUCAAGUGCAAAACUGUUAAUAAUUACUUUGUAUGUUUUUAAACAGGGAUUUUUUUAUAAUUGUUUGAUCUAACCUUCCCUUAUGCAAUGAUUCAAAUUAAAUCAAUAUUUGAAAUUGAUUCACCUCUACUUAAAAGGCUCUUGCACUCUCUGAUCGCUACAGUCGCCUCUUAAACUUAGGAAUUGAUCAACAUUGAUAAUGACAGAGAGCAAUUUAAAAAUGACUCGUUGUUUGAUCAAGCAACAAGGAUCUAGGAGUUUAUCUGUAUAUUACCAAUGACGCAGGUUUUCGAUCCUUUGUU